GUGCUCCCGAAACCAAACGACAGAAAGGCGCUCAACUCGGUGCAACUGCCCCCAUCGCCACGAACGAGGCCAACCUCAUCUCGUCCCAACGAAACCCCGACAGUCUUCCCCGGCCGCGGCCAAUUGGCAUCCCACACCUCUGCUCUGCCGGGCAGAGAGACCAUUCGCCAUUCGCCAUGCUGUCACGAACUGCGGCGCCGACCAAGGCGUCGACAAGGACGAUCUCGAGCGCCGUUUCGGCCAUUUCCACGACGACACCUUCGCAAUGCCGCUCCUUCGCUACCGUCCAGGACGCCAAUGCCGCCGCCACGGUCCGCACCUACGGCGGCCUGCGUGAUCAGGACCGCAUCUUCCAGAACCUCUACGGCCGCUUCCCGCCCGACCUCAAGCACGCCAAGAAGAUGGGCGACUGGCACAAGACCAAGGAGAUCCUCCUCAAGGGCCACGACUGGAUCAUCAACGAGAUCAAGACUUCCGGCCUGCGCGGGCGCGGUGGUGCCGGUUUCCCUUCGGGCCUGAAAUGGUCGUUCAUGAACUUUAAGGACUGGGACAAGGACAACAAGCCGAGGUACCUGGUGGUCAACGCCGACGAGGGUGAGCCGGGCACCUGCAAGGACCGCGAGAUCAUGCGCAAGGACCCCCACAAGCUGGUCGAGGGCUGCCUGGUCGCCGGCCGGGCCAUGAACGCCUCGGCCGCCUACAUCUACAUCCGCGGCGAGUUCGUCCAGGAGGCCGCCAUCCUGCAGAACGCCAUCAACGAGGCCUACGCCGAGGGCCUCAUUGGCAAGAACGCCUGCGGCUCGGGCUACGACUUUGACGUCUACAUCCACCGCGGCGCCGGCGCCUACGUCUGCGGCGAGGAGACCAGCCUGAUCGAGUCGCUCGAGGGCAAGCCGGGCAAGCCGCGCCUCAAGCCGCCGUUCCCGGCCGCCGUCGGCCUCUUCGGCUGCCCGUCCACCGUCGCCAACGUGGAGACGGUGGCGGUGGCGCCGACCAUCUGCCGGCGCGGCGGCAGCUGGUUCGCGUCCUUUGGGCGCGAGCGCAACCAGGGCACCAAGCUCUUCUGCAUCAGCGGGCACGUCAACAACCCGUGCACGGUCGAGGAGGAGAUGAGCAUCCCGAUGCGCGAGCUGAUCGAGAAGCACUGCGGCGGCGUCCGCGGCGGUUGGGACAACCUCCAGGCCGUCAUCCCGGGCGGCUCCUCGACCCCGAUCCUGCCCAAGCACGUGUGCGACGACCAGCUGAUGGACUUUGACGCGCUCAAGGACAGCCAGUCCGGCCUGGGCACCGCCGCCGUCAUCGUCAUGGACAAGAGCGCCGAUGUGGUCCGCGCCAUCUCCCGCCUGAGCCACUUCUACCGCCACGAGUCGUGCGGCCAGUGCACCCCCUGCCGCGAGGGCUCCAAGUGGACCGAGCAGAUCAUGAAGCGCUUCGAGAAGGGCAUGGGCCGCGAGCGCGAGAUCGACAUGCUGCAGGAGCUGACCAAGCAGGUCGAGGGGCAUACCAUUUGCGCUCUUGGCGAAGCCUUCGCCUGGCCCAUCCAGGGCCUGAUCCGCCACUUCCGCCCCGAGCUGGAGGCCCGCAUGCAAAAGUUCGCCAAGGAGACGGGCGGCGAGGCGCUGGCCGGCGGCUGGACCCACAACGCCAGGGAGCAGGGCAAGCUCGUCUCGCCGGGUAUGUAAAAAGGGGGGGAUGGUUGCUAGACCGAGUGGCCAAAACGGUCUGAGCGGGUUGAUGGAGGAGUGGUGCGUCCUGUACACUGCAUUGUACAUAGGCCUAAGUUCGCCAUAGAGCGCCCGCGCGGGCUGUACUUGUUUACUUUGUCGAGUCCGAGCGGCCGAUUUCGAGGCGGACGGGUCUUGGUUGGGAAUGUCCCUUGUGAAGAUGUGCCUCGGGGUUUCCUGCAUAUAGAACUCAGCGUUCCAUCCACUGCGCUGCCAUUCUUGUGCAGAAGGACUACGGAUCUUUAAGCCUUCUGCUGCUCCUCGGCCAUACUGACGAAAGCAGUGCUUCUUUGAGAGAGUCUCCUCUGUCUUUCGAGUUGGUACCAACCAGACCCUCCACUUUCUUACUAUGUACUUAUCGUAAGAGCUCGCCAUUAAGCCGGAAUAGCCAAAGCGGUUUCUGGUUGGUGAACUUUUUCUGAGGCAACAAACACGUGGUUGUGCCGUUAUGGACAAUCGAAUCUAUUGUAACCACUACCGCGGUCGCGGAGCAGAGCAAGCUUCA